ACCAGUUCAGGGGCAGGGGGACAAGAAGCUUAGUGCUGCUGCUGAGCUCUAUCACCCUGUAGGACAGUAAGCAAUUGGUGACAAAUUGCUCAAAGAAGUCAAACACAUUUGGAUGAAUUACCACAUUGUCCUGCUCUGAUAAACUGUGACAACUCAACAUACAGACACUGGAAUUGUUUUUUGGAGGCAGGAAAGUGUUUAAAAGUUUGGGAUGUACAUUGACCUGCUUGGAAACCCUUUGGGUUCAAGUGUUCAAUAUUUUGUAAAUCUGGUCUUUAAUGUUUCCUUCUGGAAUUGUCUACUGUUUUGUUGUACUAUACACUAUUAUACUAUAGUAUAAUUAGUACUGGGUCAGUUCAAGCACAGUUAGUAAAUUUUUCCAUCUACUCUGAAAUGUAUUUAGGGUCACACCCCUUCUUGCCUCCACCCUAAAGAAAUAUAUACCUGCAUGACUGGCUACUGUUCAAGUUGGGCAAAUAUAGUAGAGAAUGGCUAAUAUAGUAGCCAUGCUGAAAGACUUUUUCUCUGGGUCCUUUUUAAGGUCCCUUUUUGCUGAAUUUUUAGGCACUCUUUUCUUUGUGCUGCUUGGCCUUAGCAGCACCCUUUCCUGGCCUAAAGCACUGCCUGCUGCCCUGCAGAUCUCCCUUACAUUUGGUCUGGCAAUAGCCACUAUGGUACAGACAAUGGGACAUAUCAGUAAGGCUCAUCUCAACCCUGCAGUGACAGUAGCAUUCCUGUUGGCAGCCCAUAUCUCUAUCUCAAAAGCAGUUUUGUACAUCACAGUUCAGGUGCUGGGAGCUGUGGUUGGAGCCGGGUUACUCUACAAAUUCACUCCAUCAAACCUGCAUGGAAACUUUGGUGUCAACCUGCUGAGCAACGGAACCAGCCCUGGCCAAGGUUUUGCGGUCGAGGUCCUCACAACAAUGCAGCUGGUUCUCUGUAUAUUUGCCACAACUGACAGUCAUCGAAUGGACAAUAUUGGAUCUCCAUCUAUUUCCAUUGGACUUUCAGUUACACUGGGACACUUCCUUGGGAUUUACUUCACUGGCUGUUCUAUGAAUCCUGCCAGGUCUUUUGCUCCAGCAUUGAUCACAGGAAAUUUUACCGACCACUGGGUUGUCUGGGUUGGCCCCAUGGCUGGUGGAAUCUUUGCCUCUCUGAUCUACAACUUCAUACUUUUUCCAUCAAAGAUAAGUCUUCGCAACAGACUAGCCAUUCUACAGGGUAACUAUGACCCUGAGCGGGAGGGGGACAGAGAGGAGCACCGCAAGCAGUCCAUUGAACUGAAUUCUAUGCAAAACAACAUGGAGACAGGCUAAAACAUUGGCAGAAUGAGAUAUCUUUUGAAGCUGUGAACCUUUGAAUCUAAAGCACUUUUUUAAUAAAUCUAGGUUAAACUAAUGACAAUUAUUAACAAUAGCUCCGAGUCUCACCAGGGGGCACCAUGCCUGGCACAUGGUUCACGACAUUUCUAAGGUUUCCAAUUAGAGGGUCAGGAAGACAUGCUUAUACGUAAAUCCUUGGGGGGAUAAUAUAAAAUAGUUAAAGGGAUAAAGGGUAUAUAAAGGAUAUAUUUUCAGGUAUGAAGAAGCUACUUUGAGUAGAGUAUUUACAUUUAUUUGAGAUGCCACUAAGAGCAUUAUAUAUUAACAUAUAUAAAUACAUUUUAAAAAGUUAUUCAUUCAGAGUAU